AUGAAUCUUUAUCGUCAAGAACAACCUGGCACACCAUUAUUUUUUGAAAGUUUAGAUGAUGGUAUUAUGUCCUUUGGUUAUGAGGACUAUGACUACGACUAUGACUAUGAUGAGUACGAGGCGGAAGAGACAUUAGCUUUGCAAGAUGAAUCAGAGGAAGAGGAAGAGGAAGAAUCUAAAGAAAAAUUGGCCAUCGUAUCAUCCCUAAUUAAUAAAGGUGAUAAUAAUGCUAACAAACCUUUAACAGCAAUCACAAAAGUUGCGACAAUUACAACUGAUACAGCAACCACGAUUACUACAACAAAUGAAGCAACGUCAUCCAACUGCUCCAUAUGUUUACAUCAAUAUCAAGAUCAAAGUUAUUUGAACUAUUGUUAUCAUACAUUUUGUUAUUCAUGUAUUUCUCAAUGGAUAAAAACAAUCGCAAAAAAAACCAAAAAACCCUAUUGUCCUUUGUGUAAGAACAAGAUAAAAUAUAUAAUUCAUAAUAUUGACGAAGCUAAAGGAUCAUUUUUAAAAUAUUACUUGGAAAAUGACUAUGGUGAAAGAUAUGGCCAUGGCAAUAAUGUUAAUAACAACGGUGGUGAAUUUAAGAUUACUGAAAAAGAUAAAAUGAUGAUAACAAAGAAAAGAAAGAAAUGGAUUCGAGAAAUUUCAAGCAAUAAUAACAACUUGUCAUCAAAUAAUAAUAAACAUCAAAGGCUUGAAGUGUACUUGAAGGAUCUAUCACCAAAUAAUUUAGAAAUAUUAAAAUCAAAAAAAUCAAAAAAGUCAAGAAUAAAUGAAACAGAUUUAAAAAGAAUAAAACCAUUUAUUACUCGCGAUUUAAAAGUGAUAUUAUCAGACAUGUACGAUGAAAUUAUCGAAGAACACGUUCAAUCAAUAUUAACAAUGUAUUAUUUUAAUGGGAGUAAAACUGAAAAAGAAGUGAUUGAUUUGUUGAAACCGUGGUUGAAAGGAGAAAAAAUCACCCAAAAAUUUCUGAGCGAACUAAACGAAUUUUUGAAUAGUGAUUGGAAUAUUGAAAAAUGGGAUGAAUUAAUUGAAUACGAUUAA